GGCAAUCCCAGCAUACACCGCGCCUCAUUAGCAUAAAACAUUCCGGUAUCUACAAGAGCCGAGCGAACACAUUCAGCUCCGGAGAACUACGAAUACGAUUAAAUUAAAUAAACUAUAAUACUAACACACCGCGGCAAACAUGAGUGACAGCGAGAAACUGGACAAGCAGCGGCUGAAGAACUUCAAGAAUAAAGGGCGCGAUCUGGAGACGAUGAGAAGACAGCGGACAGAAGUGGUGGUUGAAUUGCGAAAGAAUAAGAGAGACGAGCAUCUGCUGAAGCGGAGGAAUGUACCGCAUGAGGAUAUCUGUGACGAUUCUGACGCAGAUGGUGACUUCAGAACUCAAAACACCUCUCUUGAAGCAAUAGUGCAGAAUGCAACCAGUGAUAACCAGGGCAUUCAGCUCAGCGCCGUUCAGGCUGCCAGGAAGCUGCUGUCAAGUGACCGCAACCCACCCAUAGACGACCUGAUUAAGUCUGGUAUUCUGCCCAUCCUGGUGCACUGUCUGGAUAGAGAUGACAACCCGUCUCUGCAGUUUGAGGCGGCCUGGGCUUUGACCAACAUCGCAUCGGGCACGUCUGAGCAGACUCAGGCUGUGGUGCAGUCAAAUGCAGUUCCUCUGUUCCUGCGGCUGCUGCAUUCUCCGCAUCAGAACGUGUGCGAGCAGGCGGUUUGGGCUUUAGGAAACAUCAUCGGUGAUGGCCCUCAGUGCAGAGAUUACGUCAUCAGUCUGGGUGUGGUUAAGCCGCUCCUGUCCUUCAUCAGCCCCUCCAUACCCAUCACCUUCCUCCGCAACGUCACUUGGGUCAUGGUCAACCUGUGCCGCCACAAGGACCCACCCCCGCCCAUGGAGACCAUCCAGGAGAUUCUUCCUGCGCUGUGCGUGCUCAUUCACCACACUGAUGUCAACAUCCUGGUCGACACGGUUUGGGCGUUGUCCUAUCUCACUGACGCUGGCAAUGAGCAGAUCCAGAUGGUCAUUGAUUCUGGAAUUGUACCAUACCUCGUCCCCUUACUGAGCCACCAGGAGGUCAAAGUUCAGACGGCAGCUCUGCGAGCAGUGGGGAAUAUUGUGACGGGAACUGAUGAACAGACUCAGGUGGUGCUCAACUGUGACGCUCUGGGUCACUUCCCAGCCCUCCUCACGCACCCAAAAGAGAAGAUCAACAAGGAGGCCGUGUGGUUCCUAUCCAACAUCACCGCAGGAAACCAGCAGCAGGUUCAGGCCGUCAUUGAUGCCAAUCUAGUGCCCAUGAUUAUUCUGCUGCUGGAUAAGGGAGAUUUUGGCACUCAGAAGGAGGCGGCGUGGGCCAUCAGCAACCUGACCAUCAGUGGCAGAAAGGAUCAGGUGGCGUACCUGAUCCAGCAGCAGGUGAUUCCUCCCUUCUGUAACCUGCUGACUGUGAAGGACGCUCAGGUGGUGCAGGUGGUUCUGGACGGGCUCAGUAAUAUUCUCAAGAUGGCUGAUGAUGAAGCCGAGACUAUUGCCAACCUCAUCGAGGAGUGUGGAGGACUGGAGAAAAUUGAGCAACUUCAGAACCACGAGAAUGAGGAUAUCUACAAACUGGCUUAUGAAAUAAUUGAUCAGUUCUUCUCAUCUGAUGAUAUUGACGAGGACUCCAACCUGGUCCCAGAAGCGAUCCAAGGAGGAACGUACAGCUUCAAUUCUUCUACCAACGUGCCAGCAGAAGGGUUCCAGUUCUAGACGUGAUGGGGAAAUCUGGAGUUUUGUUUGUGAUGCAGCACUCUGUUCAACAUUAAAAAUAAUUAGAGAGAAAGCGAGCGAGAGAGAGCGCGAGAGAGUGUGAGAAAUAUUAGAUCUGUUGUGCUUGGCUGAUGGGAUCCAGCUGCAUCUAAUUCAAGAGAAAUUGAGUGGAGUUCCUUUGGCCUUCUGAAGGAAGCGUCCGGACGGCGUUUGAGAUGGCUUUGAGUGGAUGCGAGUGCGAGUGAGUGGCUGACUACUACGUUUCAAAACACGACCAUCUAAACCGAACGCGUGUCUUUUCAACAAAACCAAACCGAACCAAUGGGAAUAACGAAGACGUCUCACGUGAAUUAUCUGAGGUAAGGACGCUAAAGGAAAACCUCACUACCAACGCCAACAACAAAGAGACACAAACACACUUCUGAGGUGGCCUGAGGCGCGUGCGUAUGUGUGAGAGCGAGCGUGUGUGUGUGCGAGUGGCCCCUGAGCUGAGGGGCCGCGUUCAUCUGAUGUGCUGGAGAACGGACCCAGCAGACCAGAGCCCUCUCCUUGCACGCUAGCGGCGUCCCGCAGUCCAACGGCACGUCAUUGUGUUGCUGCGUGUGCGCAAGUGAAUGGACGUGACGGUGUGUGUGCUUGACUGACUGACUGACUGGCUGGCUGGUGAAACGCAGGACUGAAUGUAACGAACGCGGAGAGUCGACAUCGGAAAAAAAAAAAAUAAAAAAAUCAACCGGCGUGUGGAAGGUGACCAAUCUGGGAAUUCAACGGGAAAUUGUGGAAUAGCCUGGAAAAGAAGGCUAAAUGAGUAAUUAUUUACAAAAAAAAAAAUCACCUUCAAUGGAAUGACUGAACAUCAGUGAUCUAAAGAAGACAAUGUCAUGACUUUAAUUUUCCCUUUUCUUUUAAAUAUUAUUUAGUGUUGAUGACACUGGACUGAGCUUUGGGCGUUGGAGCAGAGUUGCUUCGAGGAGAUCGUUGGGGACGUGCGUUUUUGUCCCGGUGUGUUGCGUUUUCCCCCUCCCUUUUUCGUUUCCGCUUUUAUUUUUCAGUGCUGGUGUAAAUACAUGUAAUACACAUUGUGCACUGUUGUACCUUUGCACAAACCCGGGCUAUUGUACAUUGAUUAACUGCUCUGCUUUCAUGAUGAGUUUCCCCCUUUUCUGUUCUUGGGAAUAAAUCCAGCUCCAUCUGCGGCCCGCCCGCUUUGAGCCGUACGUGAUCAUGUGGGGAGGUGUUUUAUGUGUGAGAGGUUUCAGACAUAUCCUUUGCAUGUGCUAAACUGCAGCAUAGUUCAUUUUAGUGGGUUUUAGUUUUGUAAGUGUAAGCUGUUUUUUUUUUUCUUUUUUUUUUUCAUUUAUUUUUAAAAGUACCUACUGUAAUGUUUGUGAUUUCUUCUUUUUUUUUUUUUUUUUUUUUU